AUGUCGAUGGACAAUUUGGAGCGUGCCGUGUCUGCUUUCCGUCACGCUCUGCGCCUUGAUGAACGCAACUACAAGGCACGCUUCGGCCUGAGCAAUGUCUACUUCAAACAGGAGUUCUUUGAUCUUGCUGAUGCUCACCUUGUGCGCGCGCUUACCAUCUUCCCCCAGUCCUGCCUCCUGCUCACUCAUCUUGGUGCGGUUCGUGCCCGCGUGGGGCGCCUCAAUGACUCCCCAGGCAGUUCCCUCGAUUGCUUGAACAAGGCCGUCAGCAUCGAUCCAAACAACACCCUUGCCCGCUACCACCGCGCAUGUGCCCUCACCUCGCUCGGCCGUUACCAGGAGGCCAUAAGCGAGUUUGAGCGGCUUGUCCUUCUAUGCCCAAGGGAAGCCAUGAUCUAUUUCAGGCUGGGUCAAGCCUAUCAAAAGAUCGGCAACAUCCCUCAGGCAAUGAUCUACUUCUCCUGCUCCAUGGAGCUUGAUCCCAAAGGUGUGAACACUGACCUUCACGACUUCAUGGCCAGUGUGCCGCCUAGUUCGCAGGCCUCAAUGCCAUCUCUAGACUCCUCUGACACUCGGGUCGCCACCCAGGAGACCAUCCAGGCGAGGCGCCGCAGGGCGCGACCCGUGCGGUAUAGUCGAAGGGGUCUGCCA